UGCGCGUGCGCGCUGGCGCGGGGAGUAGCAGGGACCUGGCAGCGGGCGAGGAGGCUGCGAGCGAGCCGCGGACCCGGCGGGCGGCUGGCGGCGGGCGCGCGCACCAUGGGGGAGAAACCCGGGACCAGGGUCUUCAAGAAGUCAAGCCCUAACUGCAAGCUCACCGUGUACUUGGGCAAACGGGACUUUGUAGAUCACCUGGACAAAGUGGAUCCUGUAGAUGGCGUGGUGCUUGUGGACCCUGACUACCUGAAGGACCGCAAAGUGUUUGUGACCCUCACCUGCGCCUUCCGCUAUGGCCGCGAAGACCUGGAUGUGCUGGGCUUGUCCUUCCGCAAAGACCUGUUCAUCGCCACCUACCAGGCCUUCCCCCCGGUGCCCAACCCGCCCCGGGCCCCCACCCGCCUGCAGGAGCGGCUGCUGAGGAAGCUGGGCCAGCAUGCCCACCCCUUUUUUUUCACAAUACCCCAGAAUCUGCCUUGCUCCGUCACGCUGCAGCCAGGACCGGAGGACACGGGAAAGGCCUGUGGGGUGGACUUUGAGAUUCGAGCCUUCUGUGCCAAAUCACUAGAAGAAAAAAGCCACAAAAGGAACUCUGUGCGACUGGUGAUCCGAAAGGUGCAGUUUGCCCCAGAGAAACCCGGCCCCCAGCCUUCAGCUGAAACCACACGCCACUUCCUCAUGUCUGACCGGUCCCUUCACCUUGAAGCUUCCCUGGACAAGGAGCUGUACUACCAUGGGGAGCCCCUUAAUGUCAACGUCCACGUCACCAACAACUCCACCAAGACCGUCAAGAAGAUCAAAGUCUCUGUGAGACAGUAUGCUGACAUCUGCCUCUUCAGCACUGCCCAGUACAAGUGUCCCGUGGCUCAGAUUGAACAAGACGACCAGGUGUCUCCCAGUUCCACAUUCUGUAAGGUGUACACCAUAACCCCACUGCUCAGUGACAACCGGGAGAAGCGUGGUCUCGCUCUGGAUGGGAAGCUCAAGCAUGAGGACACCAACCUGGCUUCCAGCACCAUCGUGAAGGAGGGGGCCAACAAGGAGGUGCUGGGAAUCCUGGUGUCCUACAGGGUCAAGGUGAAGCUGGUGGUGAUUCGCGGCGGGGACGUCUCCGUGGAGCUGCCAUUUGUGCUUAUGCACCCCAAGCCCCACGACCACAUCACCCUCCCCAGACCCCAGUCAGCCGUUCCUGAAACAGAUGUCCCUGUGGAUACCAACCUCAUUGAAUUUGAUACCAACUAUGCCACAGACGAUGACAUUGUGUUUGAGGACUUUGCCCGGCUUCGGCUGAAAGGGAUGAAGGAUGAAGACUACGAUGACCAAUUCUGCUAGGAAGAGGAGCUGGGAGAAGGGAGUGGAUGGUGCUGGGAGAGGAAAGGGGGGGACCACGAUCCCCGCUAUUGUUGGGAGAGCAGUUCCAGCCCCUCUUUCUGUCCCCUCCAUCCAGCAGCUUCCUCAGCCACCCCUUUCCCUCCCUCUCCCCCACGCCCUCCAGAUACGCACUGGACUCAUCUCCUGUUAAAAGUGGGCAUUAAUUUUGGGGCUACAGCUGUGCCUCCCCAGCCCCCCACUGGGCAGAAAGCUGUGUUCAUACCUACAUUUUUUGGAGGGGAAUGUUAAAAAGAGGAGCGAUGGCUGGGAAAGUGGGGGGAGCUCCCACAUUCCAGUUCACACCAACACCCCCCUCAUGUCACUAGCUCUGCCUCCCAUUCCAUUCGAGAUGACACCCCUUGGGGAACAGGGCCAUUUCUUUGUUUCUGAGCAUAAAGAAGAAAAUAAACCUUUCACUAGGCAUGAA